AUGUAUUGCGCUCGUAGCGACCCAAAACCCCUAGUACCUGAUCUACAGCACUUACCGUUUUUGCAUAAUGGCUCUUCUGUUCAAUUCGUAUGCCAUUGCAACGGCCUGGUUUAUCUCAACGAUGUGAAUGACACGUACUUAUUCGAUCCAGCAUUGCGCGAAGUCAGGCUUCUUCCUCCUCCGCCCUGCAACGCGCGUCCAGAAGACUUCAUAUGUACAGAAGUUUACGAGGGAUUAGGUUAUGAUCCUACCACCAAUGAUUACAAAGUUGUUAUAUUGGCUGAGUACGCUUCUUCUUUAGUUGAAGAUCAUACACUAUUUAAAGCUGAUAUAUACAGCCUAAGUACUGAUUCUUGGAGAGAGAUAGAUUCCAUGUUUCCAACUCUGGCACGUCCACGAUUCUGUGUUUUAUUUAAUGGACUCAUGCAUUGGAGCGGAUUCCAUCGAGCAGAAAGGGAAAGGGCAGUGCUCUUUUCUUUUCAUGUGAGCAGUGAAGUAGUCCAAGAGAUAGGAGUACCCGAUGCUCUGAUGGUAGGUGCACUUGUUCCUCCUCGUGUGGAUGUCUUAAGAGAAUCCCUUGCAUUAACUCAGCGUGGUUUUCGGGACCAGGAGAAGACCAUAUUGAUGUAUGGAUAA